AUGCAGCCGCAGAAUCCAAUGGCUCAUAUCUUCCUUCUCAUCCUCUUAUUCUCUUCCAUUAUAACUACAAAUAUUCAUGCAUGCAAACAACUUGAGCGCACCUCUCUCCUGUCCUUCACCCUCACUCUAUCUUCUCCUACUUUAAACUGGACUUUGGUUAACUGUUGUCACUGGAAAGGCAUCACUUGUAAUGAGGAUGGUUGGGUUACCCACUUGCUCUUACCCUCCAAGGGACUCAAAGGAGGUAUGUUUCCUUCAUCACUUGGAAAUCUCACCCACUUGAACCUCUCAAACAAUUCUCUUUAUGGUUCACUUGAACCUCGAUUCUUCAAGUCCUUAAAUCGUCUUCAGAUCCUUGAUUUGAGCUAUAACCUUCUUUCUGGUGAGCUACCACUUUAUCUAGGAUCCAACAAUUAUAUCCGGAAACUUGAUUUCUCAAGCAAUCGCUUCCAUGGUGCAAUCCCAUCUUCAUUCUUCCAACAAGCCAGGAAUUUGACUAGUUUCAAUGUCAACAACAAUAACUUCUCUGGGCCUAUUCCAUCCUCUAUUUGUCGCAAACAUUCUUCUCCAUUGACUAGGCUUUUGGAUGUUUUUCGUGCUGGCCACAACAACCUCUCAGGGUUUCUUCCCGUGGAUAUCUAUAAUGCUACCAAACUUGAAGAAUUGGCGUUGCCUCUCAAUUCAAUAUAUGGACCCAUUAGUGAUAGAAUUGUUAACCUCACAAACCUUGCAAUCCUUGACCUCUCCAUUAAUCAAUUGAGUGGUGUGCUCCCUCACAAUAUUGGGAAGCUCUCCAAGUUGAAACUUUUGACUCUUGGUUAUAACCACUUAGAAGGUGCUUUGCCCCCAUCUUUAAUGAAUUGCACAAACCUUAUUGAAAUACAUCUCGGAGCCAACAACUUGGAAGGAGAUAUUAAGUGCGUUCUCCAAACUUAG